CAAAAGUACAAAAGAUUUCGAAACAACAUAUAACACUAUUUAAGGGAAAAAAUCUUCCUCGGUUUCAUGUUGGAUCAUCAAUAUAAAUAUAUAUAAUAUAUGUACCAAGAGAAAUGAAAAAUAUUUUCGCACAAACAAUAUUUUGAUAAUAAGUAUGCGGUAGCGAAUAAUAAACGAGAGAAAGAUUAUUUUCAGGAGAUCAUUGGACUUGUUCAAUAGCGACGAUUAUGAAUAAACAAUACUGUGGUGAUAAACGCUUUGUUAUUGAUAAUUUGCAAUCAUAAGAUUUCACAACAGUAGACACACUACUCACAAUCACUGGUAUAAAUUUAAUUAAUUAAAAUGGCGAAAAACCUAACAAAUCCCUUAAAAACUGCCUUGCGGAAGCGCAUGAAAGAUAUUUUAGAGUUUUUGCCCAGCGAAAUUAAAGAGCUUCAAUCAAAAGCCGUUACUGAAAAGGUUUUACAAAGCGAAGCUUUUCGUACAGCCGAACGUAUUAGCAUUUACUUGAGUACACACAUGGAAGUCAAUACUACCUAUUUACUGAGUGAAUGUUUUCGUUUGGAGAAGCACGUGUUUGUGCCAACUUAUGAGGGUGAAUGCAUGGAAAUGUUACGUUUAAGAAAUCUACAUGAAUACAACUCUCUGCCAUUUACGAAGUGGAAAAUUAGGCAACCCGAUAUAAGAGAUGGACGAGAAAAUGCUCUAACAAAUGGUCACGGCAUUGAUCUGUUUUUAAUACCUGGCGUAGCUUUUACCCGUAGCGGUGGUCGCAUGGGUCACGGAAUGGGUUAUUUUGACACCUAUUUGAAGCGUCACCAGUCUACUUAUCCGCAUAAGAAGGUUACAUUGAUGGCGUUGGCCUUCCGCGAACAAAUUGUUGAUGAUCAUGAAUUGCCGCUAGAGGAACAUGAUGUGCGUAUACAUUACAUUAUAACAGGAUGAUCUCAACUCUUUAUUGGUAAUAGAAGACCACUUAGUGGCAAAAAUGUGUUAAAUAUAUUCAUAAGUGUGUCUAGUUUUAUCCAUAAAUAAAGCCAAUAGUCUUUUUCAAUGCUUGAAAAUCAAUAUAAAUGUGAAAAAAUGUGAA